AUGCAAAAUCAACUCAGAUGCUCCAAUUGCUUCCCAAGAAGCUCUGUGUCUGGCCAUGGAAUUAACAUCAAUAGUCAUGGAUCGAAUCAGCAAAAUGUGGCUCUUAAUGUUGCAAGUAGUAAUGCAGAAACUAUCCAAAGGUUUAUAGGGGAAUCCUCUAAUUCUACAGGGAAUCGGAACUAUUUCAGCGUUCGGCAAUUGCUGAAUAGAGAUGACUAUGAUCAUUUUCAAGGAGCUGGUUCGAGCAAUCUCCCUCAGAAUGUAGACAUGAAUGAAACUCCUGAAGGUAAUGGAGUUGUCCAAAAUCGUGAUUGGGGGAGAGGACUAUCUUUAUGUCCAUUUGAUUCAGGAAACUCAAGAUCUGCCAUAAAUCCUUCUGGCCCACUUGUAAUUUCUUCUGGAAUUUCGGGAUACGUGCUACAAGAAAACGAUGAUAGGCGUAUAUCCUGCAAAAGAAGAGCACCUGAAUAUAUUUUCCAGGAAUUGUUUGCUGGUGGUAAUUCAAGCUCUGGACAGAGCUCUGGAGAUCAUCCUAGUGAACAGCUUGCUUUAAAUGGCUUAGCAUAUCUCAAUCAUGGCAGGUUAAAUUCAACAGGCUCUUGGAAUAAUCACCUUAUGCAAGCUGCAGGAUACUCUCCACAGCUAAACUCAAGCGUGGUACCAGGAAGUACAGUGGUUUUUGGACAAGUACUUAAUGCACAACAAGCUUCAAGUGCGGUAGGGCAAAUGUAUGUUUUCGAAAGAAAUACUCGAUUGAGAAUUGAAAACCAACAAGAUGUUCUUCCUCCUGGUCAAGUUCUUAACGCAAUCUCAGAACCCCAGGUUCCUGCUAAUGCAACUUUAGCAGCACAACUGCCUAUUAUACAGAUCCAAAAUCUUGUACAAAGUCCACAACUUUCUCAAUUGAGUAACGAGGUAACUAGGUUGGAAGGUGUCUUAUCAGCUACCUCUCCUGCAACUCAUGUUACUGAUGGAGGAUCUAGUGAACAUCAUGUUACAAAUGCAAAUGUUCCUAGCAACAUUGCUUCGUCUUCCCAAAAUGUUUCUGGUCCAAGUGUUGAGGUACCACCUGCUCCAAAUAACUCACCUUCAGGUGCUCCUGCUGUUGCAGUUCAGGAGCUGCUUGAGCUUGAAGCUCAAAUUGGCUACGUCAACAAUGGUUUAGCUGAGCCAAUAAUUCUUGACAACCUGGGCCUGAGGACAUAUCACUCUACUCCAUCUGAACCUGAAGCAUGCUGCAUCUGUCAGGACGACUAUGAGGAAGGAGAUGAAGUUGGGAAACUGGACUGUGAGCAUGAGUUUCAUUUCAACUGCAUCACAAAGUGGCUGGUGAUAAAGAACACCUGCCCUAUCUGCAAGGAAAAGGGUUUGGAUGUUGCUGCUCACUAA